CCCAACACCAAAAGAGCAUGGAACCACACCACUUAUAGUCGCUCGACUCUCUCAAAAGCGAUGGCCUCGUCCUUUUCCCGCGCCUUCUGGCGCUCCCGCGCUUCCCUCCAAUCCUUCCACCAUCCCGCCCGUCGAGCUACCCUCACCACUACGUCGCACUCCACGCACCCGGAAUCCUCGAUCCUCUCUGCCCUCAACACGCGGACCACCAAACCCGCCAAAUCCUUCCCACCAAUUCCCCCGUUCCCCAAACAGCCGACAUCCACCAUCGCGAAGCAACCCUCCGCGACCUCGACUCCGGCAGCACAACCACCUGCCGCGACCGAAGCAUCACCCCCGGAACCGAGCUCAGCAACCCCCAAGGAAACCUCCCAAUCCAUCCCCCAACUCCUUCCCCUCCUUCGCUCCCAACCUCCCUACUACAUCCAAGCCCACAUCCACGGCAAACCCUACCUCCUCACGCAAGGCGACACCCUCCGCCUUCCUUUCCACAUGUCCGGCGUCGCCCCCGGCGACGUCCUCCGCCUGACCCGUGCUUCCGUCCUCGGCUCGCGAGACUACGCGCUGAAAGCGGGAAGCGCGCCGAAAACCGAGGGAGCAACGGCGCAGUGGGUGGAUGAGCGGCUCUUUGUGUGCAGGGCGACGGUGAUGGGGGUGGAGAGUGAGCCGAUGCGGGUGGUGGAGAAGAAGAAGCAGAGGACGAGGAAGACGAAGCAUGUUAAGAGUAAGAUGAAGUUUACGGUGUUGAGGGUGGGGGAGUUGACAGUGAGGAGUUUGGAGGAGGCGGGGUGGACGGAGGGGGUAUGAGAGAUUGUUUCGUAUACGCCUGUACGGCCAUAGUGAAUUUUUGGGCGCCAGAGAGCAACUGGAGAAGCUCGGCUCAUAACUUUGUUGUACAGGACGUUUCUGUACGGGUGAAUUGUAUAAGCAUCUAGCAUUUUCCAUAUGUAUCAACCCCUUCAUGAGAAUCUUCCGUGGGACAAGACUAUUCAUAUCAUUGCGUAAAACAAGAUGGGACGCAUUAUUGUCUAUAUUUCAGGUAAAAUCCCAUGAACCCAAG